AUGGAUACACAUAAGUUACGUGCGCGGGCAUUAGCUAUAGUGCUCCAGCGGCGCCGUUGCGCCCGCUUAAGCAAGACUUGAAGCUCGGCGGGGCCCGCCAGAACUCGUUUCAAGCCAUAGGGCUCAAGAAUGGUUCUAGAGGCACCCAAAUUUACCUAGAAGAUAAUCUAGGUCCGAGCGUGCAAGUAAAGCAACGUCGGGGUUGCAUCUGAAGUCCCUGCGCAAACUGCAAACUCGUGAGCAGCCUCCCAUCUACUCAGUGGACACCAGAGCGUGUAACGGGAUCAGCAUCAAGUGCGCGGCAUGUCACGCGCGGCGACCGCAGGCCCCGCCUCAGCGGCGGUGAGCUUCCCGGACUCGGCCCCCACGCUAGUGCGCGCCCCAAGUGCCAGUCGCCCUUCUGCUGGCGGCCGGCACGCGGCGCAGCGCCCCCCGGCGCCCUUCCGCUCAUACGGCCCUGGCCGCGGCUUCAAUGCCCCCUACCAGCAGCACCCGCAGCACCAGCAGCACCGCAGCGCGGCGCGCGGCGCGGCUCUGACCGCGGCCGCGGCGACGGCCGCAACUUCCGCCACCGCCCGUCAGGCCCUGGCGCCCGCCAGCCACCGCCUCCAGCCCCAGCGCCACGCCCUUGCAACCGGCAUCUACCCGCGGCCCUCACCGAACCGCAGCGCUGCCACAGCCGCCGCGGGCUCGAGCCUGGGGGCCUCUGUGGGGGCCGGCGCUGGCAUCACAGCCUCAUCUGCCCCGGUGCCGGUCCCGGUGGCAGCCCGCAGCGUUGCCAUUGCUGCCGCCGCCGCAGGCUCUUCACCGGGACCCGUGCUUGGCUCCUCCCCCUCCAGCUACACCCAGCACGGCUUCCACAGCUACAGCCAGCACCAGCACCGCCGCACGCCGCCGCACGCCGGCCGCUGCUACAGCCACGGCCACGGCGGCUACAGCCAGGGGCACCACGGCUACGGCAGCAGCAGCUACGGCAGUGGUUACGGCAGCAGCUACGGCACCCACCAGUACGGCAAUCAGCACAGUCAUCAGUCGCACCAGGCGUACACGCUGGUGGGCUCUCCGGGCGCGACGGCGGCGGCGUCGGUGGCGGGUGGUGGCGUGGGGCCGCGCUCGUGGCUGCACGCGGCACGGGCGCAGUGGUCUGCUGCGGCCCGGCUCAGGCUGCACGCCGUCAAGUCCUCGGGCGGCGCCGCCAGCAGCGCGGCGACUGGCACACUGCAGGCCGGCUGCCUGGUGGAGUUUGAGAAGAACGACCGCGGCGUGCUGGGGCUGGUGACGGGGCCGGACGGCAAGAAGAACUGGUUCGUGGUGGACCAGUCCGGCCGCCGCUCCUCCAUCCAGCCCAAGCAGGUGUCGCUGCUGCUGCCACCCGAGUCCGGCCGCGCCUGGGCCGAGGCCGACCUGGCGGCGUUUGCGGCGGCGGCGGAGGGCGCUGACCACAGCCUGCUGGAGAUCGCGUGGGAGAUUGCACUGGACGGCGGCUCGGCUCUGGACCUGUCCGACCUGUCCUCGCUGCUGUUCGACGACACCUCGCCGCGCUGCCGCUACGUCACACACCGCAUGCUGGCAGCAGACACACUGUUCUUCAAGCAGGCUUCCAAGUCGCCCGCCAGCUACCUGGCACGCAAGGCCGAAGACGUGGCUGCCCUGCGCAAGCAGCAGGAGGAGGCGGAGGCGGCGCGGCGGGAGGCGGAGGGCUGGAAGGGCGCGGUGGCGUCCGCCAAGGCGGCAAAGACGCGCGCAGGCCAGCCCAGCGCUGAGGAGUGGCUGACCGGGCCCUACGCCGCCCGUGUCGCGGCAAUCAAGGCUGUGGCACUCAGCGGCGGCAACAGCAACAGCAACAGCACCACCAGCAGCGGCGGCGGCUCGGGCGCCGGUGAGGCGUCCUCCAUGGCUCUGGCGCUGUCGUCCAUGCAGCUGGCGGGCGCCGGCAGCCGCGCCGAGCCCGAGGCGGCGGCGGCGCUGCUGACCGACAUCGGCGUGUGGCGCCGGCACGAGCCGCUGCCGCUGCUGCGCAGAGGCAUCACGCCCGACUUCCCAGCAGACGUGGAGCGCGCGGCGCAGGCGCUGCUUGACUCGCCGCCGCCCGACCCCGACGCCGGCAACCGCGAGGACCUCACGCACCUGCGCUGCUUCACCAUCGACGACGCCGCCACCACAGAGGUGGACGACGGGCUGUCGUUGGAGCGGCUGGCGGGCGGCGGGACCCGGAUCUGGAUCCACGUGGCAGAUCCGACGCGCUGGAUCUCGCCUGACACGCAGCUGGAUCUUGCGGGCCGGCAGCGCGGCCGCACGCUGUACCUGCCCUGGGGCAGUGUUCCCAUGUUCCCGCGGGCGCUGGCGGAGGGGCCGUUCAGCCUGCGGGCCGGGCAGGUGUGUGACGCCCUGAGUGUGGGUGUGGAGCUGCGGCCCGACGGCUCCGUGGCAUCGGCGCGUGUGGCGCCCAGCCGUGUGUUGGUCAGCCACAAGCUCACCUACGACGGCGCGGAUGCGGCGCUCGGCGGGGCGGAGGCCGCAGGGGGUGCAGCGGCUGCUGGGGGCGCAGCGGCUGCUGGGGGUGCUGGGGGUGCUGGGGUUGCUGGCGGCCUGGACGGUGAGGCGCUGGCGGACCUGCAGGAGCUGAGGCGGGCGGCGACGCUGCGGCGCCAGUACCGGGAGGGCCGCGGCUGCAUCGAGAUCCCGCUGCCCGAGGCCAAGAUCCACGUGCCGCCCGAGCAGCUGGACCGCGCCCGCCCCGCCGUGACCGUUACGCGUAUCAGCCAGUGGGAGAGCGCCAGUCGCUCGCUGGUGGCCGAGAUGAUGAUCCUCACCGGAGAGGCCGUGGGCACCGUGGGUGCGGAGGCGGAGCUGCCGCUGCCGUACCGCGCGCAGGACGAGCCGGAGCUGCCGCCCGCCGCCCGCCUGGCCGCGCUGCCGGAGGGCCCCUGCCGCGGCUUUGCGCUCAAGCGGUGCAUGACGCGGAGCACCGUGGCGGCGGCGCCGCAGCGGCACGCGGCCCUGGCGCUAGAUGCAUACGUGCAGUUCACCAGCCCCAUCCGGCGCUACAGCGACAUGCUGGCGCACUACAACCUCAAGGCCUGGCUGCGCGGCGAGCCGCUGCCAUUCAGCGGCCGCCAGAUCGAGGCGGUCAUGGAGGCGGCGGCGGAGGCGGGCCGCGAGCUGGGCGGCGCCGAGCGCGAGGCGGAGAGCUACUGGGUGGCAGAGUACCUGCGCCUGCGCUGGGGCUCCGACUACCCGGCCAUGGCUCUGGGCUGGCAGCGCGAGGAGAUGGGGCUGGUGUCGUUCCUGCUUGAGGACCAGGGGCUGGAGGUUGUGGUCAAAGUGCCUUCUACUAUGGCCUGGGCCCCCGGCGACAAAGCCGUGUUGGCACCAAGUGAGGCCAACCCCGCCACCGGCUACUAUCGCUUCUAUGUGGUGGGCUGGACGUCGGGGCACUCGGCGGGCGGCGAUGAGGACGAGGAGGACGACGAGGAGGGCGUGGUGGUGGAGGUGCUGGGCGAGGGCGGGGAGGAGGCUGCGGCGGAGGUGGUGGGCGCGGAGGGCACGGCGUAGGCGGUGGGUCCUGGGGGUGUGGGAGGUGCAGGAUGAGACGCGGCGGUGCAGGGUUUUCGGAAGUGUGUGCUUUGAGCGUGGUUCGAAGGUCGCGGGCGUGCGCCGUGCAGGCAAUUUUGUUGGCGGUGAGGCCUGCUGCGCUUGGAUGUGCUGUGUACGCGCACGGCUAGUUUGCAGGAUGGAAGGGCUGAAGGUCGGAGACUCGGAGCAGGGGCCAGACGUCGGAGGGGGCCAGGGGCCAAGGUGGCGGAGUGAUGG